AUGUCGGACCAGAUUCGAGCGUCGGGCUAUUUCUACUCGCAAACAGACGACCCGUUUGCAGCAGCGUUUUGGUCGCAGUUCCAGGACCCGCAUGUUUUGGCGGCGCGGCAUAUCCCGGCGGAUUCGUCGGCAUCGGCAGCAAUGAAGGCGUACCGCGAGUAUCGCGACCGGGUGCGCAAGCCUGUACUGGCGACAUAUACGAUCUUGGGAUUCCUCAGCUCCGGUACGUACGGCAGGGUGUACAAGGCGAGGUUGAGGACUCCGCCUCAAUUGGCGUCGAGCAGCGGCACAGCUGGAAUCGCGAAUGCCAACGCGGGCACUGGGUCCGGAACGGCGACAGUGGGCAGUGGCGCUUCAACGGCAAAGAAGAGAGGUGGGUUGCUGCAACAGCAUCAGCUCUUGGACUCGCCUAGCUCGUCGUUGCAUGCAACGCCAAAAUCAGUCGCCGACGGCGCAGGUGUAGGUGUCAACGGCACUCCCUCGGCGUCGCCCAGUCUGAGUGCCUCGCUGGGCACAUCAACUGCAAAUGCACCGGGCGGAUCGGACAACACCUUACAGCUUUCUAGCAACGAGCUGCCAGACACCCAGAUCUAUGCCAUCAAAAAGUUCAAGCCGGACAGCAAAGAGACGGACGCGACCAUCUACACGGGCAUCUCGCAAAGUGCAAUGCGCGAGAUCUCUCUGAACCGCGAACUGUCGCACGUCAACAUUGUCACUCUGCACCAAGUCAUGCUGGAAGACAAAGCGAUCUACAUGGUGUUUGAAUACGCUGAACACGACCUGCUCCAGAUCAUUCAUUACCAUUCCACCGCUCUACGAGCACCAAUCCCGCUUGCUGUCCUCAAGAGCCUGCUGUGGCAGCUGAUCAAUGGCGUCGCAUACCUGCAUGCCAACUGGAUUCUGCAUAGAGAUCUCAAACCGGCCAACAUCUUGGUCACCUCGCAGGGUGUGGUCAAGAUCGGCGAUCUCGGUCUGGCUAGGCUCUACUCGUCGCCGCUGCAGAGUUUGUACAAUGGAGACAAGGUGGUGGUGACCAUCUGGUAUCGAGCACCAGAGCUCUUGUUGGGGGCAAGACACUAUACCACGGCUAUCGAUAUGUGGAGUGUGGGGUGUAUCUGGGGGGAACUGUUGGCGUUGCGUCCAAUGUUCAAGGGAGAAGAAGCAAAGAUGGAUCCAAAGACCAAAGCAGCACCGUUUCAAACAGAUCAACUAAAACGAAUCGUCGAGGUGCUCGGGACGCCCAAUAAGGAUCGAUGGCCAGCGAUCGAGUCUAUGCCGGACUACAAAGGCUGGUGGCCCCAUCUGCGCUUGGACAACUACCCGAAAACUCUGUCUCGAUGGUACGCGACGCGCAACAAGGGAGACGACGGAUACGAGCUCUUCAACUCGCUGCUCCAGUAUGAUCCAGAACAACGUCUGACGGCCAACCAAGCGCUCGAACACGCUUGGUUUACAGCUCAGGAUCCCAAACCGACGGCCAACGCGUUCAGCAGCCUAGCCAAGCCGCACGCCACCUACCCGAAUCGACGAGUGAUCCAGGACGAUAUGGAUCCCAAGAUGAAGAGCAACUAUGUUCCGCCGAUCAAAUCGCACCAUAUGCAGCCUUGGCACCAGGUCAACUUGAACAGCAGUCAACCGCACAGGCUCGCGCAACUCAUGUAUCAACAGGAGCAGAUGAGGCAUCAGCAGAUGCAGACGCAGGCUCCAGCUCCGGCUCCGGCCCAACCUCCGGCUGCAACGGCAGUGACGGGCAGACUGGGCCAUGCGGUUGGAGCGGGCAGUUCCGCAGUGGGAACAGCGGCCAAUGUAGGAGGUCCGGCGGCACCGCCACCGAUCGCGAUCGGGAGUACCGCUGGCACAGGCGGCGCGAUCGGCAUACAAAGCUCGGCCGCAAGCACCGCUCCUUCACAGCACAUGUAUAACAACAAUCCCCUGAUCACGAUCGCCGGCACCAACGGCGGUACCAUCUCGAAUCCCGCCACCGUCCGAAGCUCGCACAGUAUUGGCUCAACCGAAAGCAUCACACCCACUACCUCGUCCCAACCCAUCCCAGCUCAACCCUCAUCCGCCCCCCUCGCAAGAACCACCAAUCUAGUCGCAACAGCAACACGAAACCAACAGCGCAAACGUCAACGCAACUAA